AUGCUGGUCAACAAAUGCAAGAGAAAUGUGUGGCCAGGUAUUUAUGGUCAAGGGACUAUCCCUGAAGGCGGUGGAUUCAAAUUGUCGCCACAUGGAGAGAAGAAUAUUACGGUCCCAUUCUCUUGGGUGGCUGGAAGAGUGUGGCCAAGGACUGGAUGCAAAGGAGAAGGGGAACAGUUCUUCUGCGAUGUGGGGGCUUGUGGAACCAGUUUUCAAUGUAAUGGGAAGACUGGGGAAGUUCCCGUGAGCUUGGCGGAAAUUACGUUGGCUAAGGAUUCGAAUGAUCAGGAUUAGUAAGUUCUCUACUGAAUCUCUAUUAAAAGCCGAGUAAUUUCCUUACGCACGUUGCUUCGCGAAGUUUUAUAUAAGACCUGUGCGUUAGUAAUUCGAGGGGCCCUUGGAAAAAUUUUUUGCAAAUCCUGACUCGGAGCCUCCCAGUCAAGAAUCAUGGGAUUCUUGACUGUUGAAAAAAAUCGACCCAGUCAAGAAUCCCAUGAUUCUUGACUGGGAGGCUCCGAGUCAGGAUUUGCAAAAAAUUUUGACAAGGGCCCCUCGAAUUACUAACGCACAGGUCUUAUAUGGUGCCCCCUUCAAUUUUCCUCACCGACGCCAUUUGCCAAUUAUUCUCGCAGCCAAACUGCCCUUACUUUUAGCUACGACAUUUCCUUUGUGGACGGCUCCAGUAUCCCCAUGUCAAUGGAGCCGCUUCCGGGCACUUUCGACAAACGUGACCCCAACAACAAAUAUGAAUGCACCAAAGCUGGUGAAUGCAGCGACGACCUGAAGAACGUCGUUCCGGAGAUUAUGAAGUUCAAGAAAAAUGGGGUUACUCUGGGCACAUAUUCCGCUUGCUCGGCCACAAAAAACGACCAGCUUUGUUGUGCCGGACAAUAUAAUGUCCCGGAGAAAUGCCGAGGAGAAGACUUUCCUCCGGAGUAUUAUAAAAACUUGAAGGCCGUUUGUCCAACUUCAUACAUGUACGCAUACGACGACAAGACAUCCACAUUUACUUGCCGCGGGAAGGGAAGGCUGUCGCCUGAUUAUAAGAUCACAUUUUGCACUGAAGAUGGCAAGGGAUUGGAUUGUAAAAAGUCAAAGAAGAAGAGAAAACGAUAA